UGGAUCAGUGGCGCCAGCGCUGCUGAGAGAGGAAGACGGAGGAGAGGCGGACGGGUGAAGAAGUCGAGGAAGUCGACGCGAAAAAAAGAAAUCCACAAACUUGUGCAAAUCAAAAACAAUUAAUUCCAACACCGAAGCUGCAUUACUUGAUCCUACUCUGCGCAGAGGUGGAGCACGAGGCGACUCAGUCGGGGGAGAGCCAGAGCUUGGCGGGCUACUCAGCACCGGACGGGACCCAGGCAGCCAGUGGACUGGAGUUUGUACUGAUGGCAGAGUCAGAGACUGAGUGUGACACACCGGGACUGGAUACACUCGGAUCGGAGUGUGUCAUACCGCACAGCCAGGUCAGUGAUGUGCACUACGCCUCCGGAUCCGAGAUCAUGGCCCUAGACGAAAAGAGGGAGUCUGAGCUGGGCUCCAUCCACAGCCCAGAUCUUACCAAGAUCCAGGGCCUAGGCGCAGCGGAGCUUGGCUCCGUGCCAUGCGUGGAGACCGACCAAAUCAUAACAGAGACUGAUCAUGACUACACUAAGGCCGAACAGCAGACAGACCUGCAAUGCUUCAGCGCCGCAGACAUGGGUAAUCAAAUCAAGUGCGUGUCCAACGAGACACUGUUGGGUGAUCUCAUGAAAAACGACAAGGGUGGGCCGCCUCAGUGUGCCGGCGAGCUGACCGUGGAGUCUGAGAACGGCGUGGUCAUCCACGAGGCGCAGGGCCUGCAGUGCAAUGAAUGCGGGGAGCUGUUUACCAGUGCAGCCGAGCUUCAUCAGCACUAUGAGAUUCACAAAGCGGGGAACCCCUACAGCUGCAUCCAGUGUGGUGAGAGCUUUGCUGUCGAAGCCAGCCUAAAAGAGCACCAGAAAAUUCACCUAAAGGGGGUAGACGUAGUUGGGAAGGGUUGUAUUGAUCCGUUCAACUUGAAGCCGCACCAGAUCAUCCACACAACUGAUAAGCCGCAUAGGUGCUCUGAGUGUGGGAAGAGCUUUGCAGCGGCGAUCACUUUGAGAGAGCAUAUGAAAAUGCAUACCGAUGACAAGCCAUACAAGUGUGCACAGUGCAGAAAGAGCUUUAUCCGACGGCGUCAUCUUAAAAAACACCAGGAAAUGCAUGCGCGCGAGAAACCAUUCAGCUGCUCCCAGUGUGGGAAGGGCUUUGCUACCGCAUCCAAUUUGAAACAACACCAGAGAGUCCAUGCGGGUGAUAAGCCGCACAGAUGCGCUCAGUGCGGUAAGAGCUUUGCCGCAGCGAGCACCCUGAGAGAGCACCAGCGAAUUCACUCGGGUGAAAAGCCGUACAAGUGUAAUCAGUGCAGGAAGACCUUCGUUAGGAGGCGCCACCUCAAAAAGCACCAGCAGCUUCACUCUGGUCAAAAGCGAUACAGUUGCUCACAAUGCGAGAAGAGCUUCAACCACUCCUCCUCCCUGUCGAGACACCACAAAUCUCAUUUAGAUGAAAAGAUGUAUGGCGUUUCCCCAAGUGGGAAAGGCCUCCCUUAUGGGGCCUCACUGAAACACCAGAGAGAUGAAGGUGAAAAACCAUACAGUUGUAGCCAGUGCGAGAAGAGUUUCAAUCAUUCGUCCUCUUUGUCAAGGCACCAAAGAGCUCACUUAGAUGGUAAGACGUACAGCUGUAAUCAUUGCGGAAAGAGGUUUAAUCACUCGUCUUCCUUGUCGAGACACCAGCGAGUUCACUUAGAAGCUAUGAAGUCAUACACCUCUCCUCCGACUGGCAAGGCUUUCCCCCAUUCCACCAUUCUAAAACAACACCAGCAACUGCUUGAAAGCGAAAAACCAUACAGGUGUUCUCAGUGUGGAAAGGGUUUCAACCAUUCAUCCUCUCUGUCAAGACACCAUAGAACCCAUUCAGAUGUAUGAGCUUGCAGCUCUGACCAGUGAUGAACGAUUUUUAUGUACGGUCCCACUAAAUAGUUUAGGCAACCAUAACAGCUGUACCCAACGUGGGAAGACUUCCUUUUAUAAAAAUAAAGUUGCAAGUUUAAUUUCUGUGUAAAAAUUAGUCAGUUGUAGCCAGUGUUGGAAGAUCUGUAACCCUUUGCUAACAGCUUGAGUUCUUUGAUGAAGCAUGAUCCUUAAAGACAGGAGUCGGUAAGAAUUUGAGCUAAUCAUGUUUGGGGUAAUUGAGAACAGAAUUAGCCUGUGAACCCGCUGACAACGGUGCUUACAAUUAGCAGAGCCCCUGAAAUGCCUUCAGAGUGCAAGUCAUUAAUCUGAGCGAACAUUUAAAGGUAUGCAAUUAAAAGGAUAAGGAAAUGUCUUCUGUAAAUAUUUUAUAACCGUUUGUGUGGCGGGUCAGGAAUCUUUUUAAUACCGGUUAGUAUAUCUUGCAAUGUUUUUGAGUUCUGUGAAGACUCAGGUGGUGAGUAGUUGAAGCGGGUGUAAAUAAGUGAUUUUACAUAGGUGAGUUAGCGUGUAUUUGAGUUCCAAACAUGUAGCUUUAUUCUGGACCAAGGCCCAGGGCGUCUCUUAUUUAAACAGAGCUUUUUUUUGUUUUGAAGCAUGCUUAAAGCUGGACACCGGUCAGACGUUUGCGAUUUUCAGUACGUUGUCAGCAAAGGGUUAUGGUUUCAUCCAGCUUCAAAAUAACAUGGGAGUAUAUAUAUAUGUGGUUGGGGGGGUACUAACUAAAAUGGAAGUGUGGGGAGAGGGUUGUGAAGCGGCUGAUUUAGGAAUCGGAUUCUUCCGUUUGCGGUAACUAUACAGCUGUACUCUGUGUCAGAUGUAACGCAGCUUGUACAGAAAAUGGACAAUAAUGACCUGCGUUUGAAACAUUUUCGCCCAGUGAUCUUAGUGCUCGUGUGCUCACCUCUCGCUAACAUUGUGCGUGGAUCCAUAGUAGGCCGCAAGCGCCAUACCAACGCAGCCCCAGUCAAAACUGUGAGCCAGAAACGAAGUCUGUUGCCCCAUUCAUUUGAUCAGUGCUGUGUGUUUCUCACUAGAUUCAACUGAUUUUCAGAUGUUCUAGCCUGGCCGAAACGCAUUUGGUUAAAGGAAUCAAGUGCUAGAUUUUUUUUUUGACACAAUUUAAAGAUUUACAUUUGACUUGCGUCCUGAAUUUUCCUUCUACCAACUCGUUCUAGCCAGUUGUUUGGUAUUACACCAAAUGUAUGUCACCAAUAAGUGAUUGUGCAUAUUUACAAAUGUUCAAAAUAUUCCUUGCUCUUGCUUUGGAAACUAAACAAAUUAGCAAUGUAUAGCA